CCUGUAAUCUGUGUGGACGUACUUCAGUUCCGCUGACGCUGUCGUAACGUGCUGACGAUUGUAAUAGAAUUACCCGCUCCAGGUGUCGAGCAAUGUGUUUAGUACGCCCACUAAUAUCGGUUUCGUUUAGAAAUAUUCAUCUGGUGGUCGAUUGCGGCGGAUAAUGCCCCUUGUGCGCGAUUUGUGAUACCGAAACAAACUCCGAUGUGUUUUUAAAAUAGUCGUUAUUUUAUUGUGAUAUUUUUGAACAGUGUAGAAACCGCCUUUCGAUGCCGAAAAGAAAAAAUCGAAACAUGCGCUCCAAAAAACAAAACGUGAGAAGGUGUUACUGUGAGGGGCACUGUCCAAAUGAGAUGAUCAAUGGCACUUGUGAAAUUAAACCGGGCGGUCAGUGUUUCACAGCGAUCGAGGAGGAUUGGGACCGGGAGACCGGGACGUUCGUUUACGAUACCACCUACGGCUGUUUUCCGGCUGAUGAGCGAGGAUUUCUGCAGUGUAAAGGGCGGAUUGUACCACAUCAACGCGGAAAAUCGAUCGAAUGCUGCGAUGGUUACGACUUUUGCAACAAGGACCUCAGGCCGCAUAUAGAAGAGCGAACUACCACCGUCUCGCCUUCUGUAUUGGAAGAGGGCGAAAAUAUCCCGUACAUCGUCCUAUUGGCAUCUGUAACGUUAUGCAUAACCGUCUUCCUUCUGGUGAUCGCGUGCGUAUAUCUACGCUAUCGCAAAAAAGAGGAUCACAGAAAGCAGCAAUAUUACAAUAAGCACUACCCCCCGCAUCGUUAUCCUAACGUCGAAAUGCUUCCAAACGCCACCCUCUCCAACUUCAUAGAGCAAACUAGCGGAUCCGGCUCUGGCUUGCCGCUUUUAGUGCAACGGACGAUCGCGAAACAAAUGGAAAUGGUCCGUUCGAUCGGUAAAGGUCGAUACGGCGAGGUUUGGUUAGCGAAGUGGCGAGGCGAACGAGUCGCCGUCAAAAUCUUCUUCACCACCGAGGAGCAGUCGUGGUUCAGAGAAACGGAAAUAUACCAGACGGUUCUGAUGCGUCACGAAAACAUACUCGGCUUCAUCGCCGCCGAUAUUAAGGGAACGGGGUCCUGGACGCAAAUGUUGCUCAUAACUGACUAUCACGAACACGGGUCACUGUACGAUUAUUUGCAAAAUCACGUCCUGGAUCCCUCCUCGCUCUUAGUCAUGUCGUUUACCAUCGCUAGCGGAUUAUCGCAUCUGCAUACGGAAAUAUUCGGCACCAAAGGAAAACCCUCGAUAGCCCAUCGUGAUAUUAAAAGCAAAAACAUACUGGUGAAACGCAACGGAGAGUGUGUCAUUGCCGACUUCGGGCUGUCUGUCAAAUACCUCAGCGACACCAACGAGAUUGACGUACCGCCUAAUGAGCGAAGCGGUACCAAACGGUACAUGUCUCCCGAAGUAUUAGAUCGAUCGAUUAAUAUUAACCACUUUGACGCCCACAAAAUGGCCGACAUGUACUCCUUCGGACUGGUUCUUUGGGAGAUGUGCAGGAGAUGUAUGACGGGCGAUAAAAUAAAAACCGCCGACGAUUACGUGGUGCCAUAUUACAAUUGUGUGCCUAACGAUCCGAGUUUUGAGGACAUGCUCCAUGUGGUUUGUGUUAAAAAAAUAAGACCCCAAAUUCCGUUACGGUGGGAGACCGAGGACGUUCUGCAGACGCUUUCGAAAAUAAUGCAGGAGUGUUGGCACAGUAAUCCGGCAGUUAGACUGACCGCUCUUAGGGUUAAGAAGACGUUAUCGAAGUUAGAUACGGACAUUACCAGUAAAAUUGUUUAGCGUCGAUAUCGGUGUUUAUAAAUCACUCGUUGGGUACAUUUUUCAUGUGUAUUAUUAGUUAAUUUUGUUUUGAGAGAAAUGUGAUAAACUACUAGACAUUUUGCCAUCGGUUUUUUAAGUUGUUUGUGCGCCUGCGCGAUCUGGACAGUGCUGCAUUAUAAAACACUGUAUGGUCGAAUCAAUAAAAUUGUUAUAAUGAGUGUUAAUAUUAAAUAGACAUAAUAGCACACUCUCGCUAAAUUUUAGUGAAAAUUUACACUGUAAAGCCAUAAUGUGCUGUGAUUGAAUCUUUUAUUUAUAUUUUUCUCACUUAAAUUGAAUCAUUUGGGACUACGGAAAAGCCUCAGCAGCAAAACUUAUAGAGUUGCAACUUUGUGUGUUUUUAUGAGUAACAGUUUGCAUCUAGCGAGAGUUUGAAAUUAUCUUAAUGUCGAUUGUAUCGAAUCGUAAGUGGAGGAUUCACACAAACGCAAUUACCUUUAUGUACAAAACUGAUUUUGUAAAUAAUUAAGUAGAUUGUUUUAUAUAUACAUAUACAAACAUAACGAAGUAACUAAGGUUCGAUUGUAGAAAAACGGUUUAGCUGAUGAACCGAAAAAAUCGCUUUACUACAAUCCCGUGAUAAAAGUUUUAUUAUUAGAGAAAACAAUAUUAGAAUUGAACGUUAAACACGCCAAUGUAUUACGCGCGUCCGUUAGAAACGAUACAUAAAAUCUAUUCCAUCAGAUUCGGUGCUCAUACGACAAUCUCUGAUUUCACAGUAUGGAUGUGAGGCGAAUGUUCACACAGCUUUUGUUUUUUAACACCGGUUACAAAUAUGCACAGUUAUUAAAUAUUUUCAUAUUUUAUUCUGUACAUUGUUUUGUUUUUGUUGUUCAAAUUAAUGAAUUGCUCAAGUUAUUUAUACAGUUUUAGCAUGUGCCUGUAUUACGAUAUUGUGGACCAACUUCAAAAAUUUGUAAAAUUUAUUUUGUGCUUCGGGUCAUUAUUAUGGGUGACCUCGUUACAUUGCAGUAGGCCGAGCGACUAAUACGUGCAUUUAUGCUAAUCUAUUAAUUUGAUAGUUUAUACUUUACAAAUUGCACGGUGUUAAUUAACGUUAUUUAGAUAUUUAAAGGGCCUGGAAAUAUAUCUGCUGGAUUCAAAAAUCUUCCUUGUCAUAAGCAAGAAACUAUGAGGCUCAUUUAAUAUCUUGGAUAAUGUUACUCAACAUCCUGUAUAUAAUAAAUUUCCGUAUGAACGUUGUAGUAAAUCCUGAAAGACUGAUAUUUGAAUGUUGUAGACCUACAUGUAUGUUCUAUUGUAUAAAAAAUGUAUAAAUAAAUAGUACAUGAUAUCGAACUUUA